GAUCGUUUCUGAUUUCAGCGUCAGACUUGGACUGAACCUUGCCUACACAAACUAUCAGCAUGUCUGCUAUCUGGGUUAAGAUCUCCACCAUCCUCUGUCUGUGCUAUGCAGCAGAGAUGAAAGGAGUGAUUUGGAAAGAUGCCGGACAGGACAUCACAAUCCAGUGCAGAAUUACCACUCGUCAAGACAGUCUGAAUUUAAAAAAGGGCAUCAACAAGGAGACAUUCAUUGUUACUAUAGACAGAGCCACAAAAAAAGAGACUGUUGUUGCAGAAAUGAGGGAAAGAGUUCAGAUACAUGGAGAAUUCCCCAAUGUGGAUAUUCUCAUUAAAAACUUAAGCAGAAGUGACACGGGACCGUACUGGUGUGAGUAUACAGGAACAGACGAAACAAUGUACACUCUACAAACGACAACAGGCGACGGGUCUGUGCUGCUGGUGGUGCCUGGAGACAGCCAAGCAGCAGCACCAACCAAACCGCCGAAGGAAUGUGAUCCAUCACGUCUGAGCAUGGCGGUGGUGUAUAUUGUCAUCGCUGUCGCCGUCCUCUUCAUCAUUAUGGUCUUCUUUAUCGUGUGGAUCAUGCGCAAGGCCAAGACCUCAGACAACAUGGUGAAACGGAGACAUACCGAAAGUGAUGUUUAUGAGAACGUGAGGAACCAUCAGGCGCUGAGGAUGUGAAACUGCAGGAAGCUGACAUGCCUGAAACUCCAGAAACCGCGGAGCACAUAG